CUUCAAGUUCGUGAUGUUUCGUCAUAAUUUCGGAAGUCAGAGAUGAGAUAAGACCCUAUCGCAAUUUGAUAUGUCAACAUGGGGUCGGUUUAUUUGCAAAUAUUUUUGCUAACACUGUGGGUGAAUUUGUUCAUUGGAAUCGAAGGAUCGGAUGCAGAAAAAACAAGUAGCGCCCUAUUAGUGGAUAGUGAUGGAAAGUUCAAGGUUUCACAGAUUACGGCAUCUGGGAUCACGGAUAACAAAGUACUACAAAGACUGCAACAAGAUUGCUGCGAAACGGCAGCGGGAACCGCAAGUGGACUUUGUCUCAGCCCCACCAGCAACCUAACCAUUGAAAUUGAGUUCGAACACCAAACCUUAGUCGACACUCUCUUAAUCCAGACGCCAAAAGAUUUCUCUUACGGCUAUAUAAAGACGUUCAAAAUCAUGUACAAGAAGAGAAAAGCCGAUAAAGGUGUAUUAUAUUUCACUAAACCUGAACAAACAUGGACUGUUUUUGCUAAUGAUCCGGCGAUAAGUGAUAAAGAACAGACCAUUUCGUUAGCGGGGAGAGAAGCUCUUAUAGUGGAAAAGUUUAUUAUUCAAAUUGAAUCGUUUCAAAACCAGCCUUGUCUGAGAAUGGAAGUCCUGGGAUGCUCGGAAACUGAUUGCCCUUUGAUGUGGAAUCCACCAAUAUUGGAUGCAGUGGAUACAGGAGCGAAUGAAAACGCUGUGCAUUUCCGGUGCCGUAUUAGUGAUCGUGACUCGAAACCAGAUGGCGUGUUGCACAAAGCAUUUUGGAUUUAUGACAGCAAAAAUCUGAGUAUAGAUGAAACGGCCAAUCCAACAAAAGACAUUAUCGUGAGCACUCAGCAUCAGAGUAAAUUCUAUGACCACCUUCCACUCAUCGGUUCGAAUCAACACAACGGGGGGUUAAAGUGUUCUGUAGUUGCAUGUCCUGCAACAGGCUGUACUGAUUGGACGAGUUCACCAAAGGAGAGCAACGAGCUGCUGCCAAACAUCACGUAUGAUUUAGGAACUGGAAAGAGCAAUGUCACACUUAAAAUGGGAAGGGAUGGAGUUCCUAUACACUUUAAACUGAAUGCUCCGCCAGUUCUUUUCCUCAAGAGAGACUAUUUGAAAAGUCAUGGGAGCAGCGUAUUGGUCCAAGCCCUAUUCGAGAAACGCCCUGACGAUCAAUGCAAAACAUCUACGAAAGGACGAGACGACGUAAAACUUCUGCAUGUCUGUGGUCGCGAUGUAAAUUCAGUAAAUUGGGCAACAUCGCAUAAGCUCGUACUGAAGGCAGUAACGCAUGGUCUCUACAGUCCGGCACAAGUCACCCGAAGAUUUUCUUUCGAGUUGAAACACAUUGACAACAGUAGUAACCAUAUAUGGAAAACCAAUUUAACGAAGACACUACUUGACGUUGUAGUAGAAUCCUCCUGGCGUCGUGGAUGGGAUGCAUGUAGUGUAUUCUCUGAUCCACACCUUUAUACUUUCGACCAUUUACGUUACCAGACUCACGUUCAAGGCGAAUUCAUCCUUUACAGAAACAACAAACACAGAUUACAAAUUAACGCUAUUUUUACUCCGUGUUCUUGGUCGAAAGAGGCAACCUGCACCUGCGGUGUUGCGGUCAAAGCAGGAGACGACGUAGUUGUUCUUAGCCGUUGUCCAACGGAAACGCCUAGUUCAAAUCUCCUGAAUGUUUACGUCUGGCAGAAUGGAGACCUUACUCCAGGCUUUAGGAUUUACACCUCCAGCCGUUUCGAAUAUCACGUGUACCUACCUAUAGGUACGUACAUUAUAGUGUGGUCGUAUCCAUGGACUGUUAACCUGUUGGUUCAAGCAGCCCUGGGCGAUAUAGGUGAAACGGAAGGCCUGUGUGGGUAUCACGAUGGAAAUCGAACUGAUGACCUCAGAGACAAGAGUGGCAAUGUGUUUUCGGUGCCAAAUAAUCGCUCUUAUUUUCCUUUUCUCAAUGAUUAUACAAAGAAAUGGAAAGAUGACACCAAGCCGUGCGAAUCAAUCUUUAAGGGAGUCACCCCGGAUCCGAAGCCGGUCCCUGUCAAAACUUACUGUGCCUGUGUCGUCGGUUCGGACUCGUGGGACUGUGGCGAAAACACGGACUCCGUGCCCUGCCUUCCUUCAUGGGUUACUGAUAUUACUGAUGAUACUGAGAAAUUACCGGUUAGAAGACCAAGCCUAAAUACAUGUGAAGAGAAACCGAUUCCCAAGGGAAGAAAGAAACGUGAAGCGGUAUAUUCCCCACCUGCUGGUGAGGAUGACGAGUAUCGGUCAAUUGUCUUUGACCCCAAGUUUGUUCCAAAGAGUAUUUCUUGGCCGACAGCCAGUGGCUGGACUAAGGAAAAGGCGAAGAAAUACUGCGAAGAUUUCCUUAGUACAAACGCCGCUGUGAAGAAUUGCGAAGUAUUUAUGGGAAAAACCUUCGAGAAUGAAAUCAACGCCUGUGUAUUUGACAUUCAGGCCACAGAUGGAACCGAAUUUGCCCAAUCAACCCUUGAGAGUAUCAUUACCCAAUGUCUUUCUGAGGCACACAAGUAUCCUGCUACGACCACAGUCCUGCCAGGCGGUUUACAGAGGUCUUUUCUUUACGAAUCACUCUGUUUGGACAAUUGCAGCAAUAAUGGAGUGUGCAAGGAUGCUGUUUGUGUGUGCCACCCAGGAUUCUACGGCAGUACAUGUUCCCUAACAAAGGACGUCCCACCGAAUAUUGUCUACAUGGCCCGCAAUGGUCUCUGCAACACCAGAACUCGGACCUGUACGAAGAGCUACAUAUAUGGAACUGGACAAAUCGAUUCGUCAGAUUUGAAGUGCAGGAUGACACCGUAUAAUUACCACAGUGGCAUUCGUGACCUAAAGAGUCAGUUCACCUCGAGUGCCAUUUACCUUAACUUCAACAAGCUAGCCUGCCCCCACAACGAGAAGAACGGAACAUUCCUUGUGGCGGUCAGCAACAAUAACGGAAAAGAUUACAGCAAGGAUGAGCUACUCUUCUUGGCCUAUGACUCCGCUUGUCACAGCUGCUCAUCUGUCGACCAGGAAGACAAGAAAGCAAUAUGCACACAAGAGACUACUGGGUGCGCUGUUGGAUUAGCCUGUUACCUUGACGGCGAAGUCGACGAAGAAAGCAUAUGCAGGAUAUGCGACACAAAUCGAAACAUCGAUAACUGGUCUGUCAACACAGCAUACAGCAACUGUACAAAGGUUCCAGGUGAUGAUAUUGCUCUCAUAGCCGGAGUAACCACAGCUGCAGUUCUUGUGGUAGCCAUCAUCAUCAUUGUUGUGUUAACACUAAAGUUUUGUGGAAGGAAGAAAUCUGUCGGCCCGCCCUCCGCCGCUGACAUCAAAACAGAAGCACGCGCAUCAGAAUCGACAGCAUCCGAAACGCCAGAGAAUGCAGAGAGAAAACUGUCAAGUGUCAGCGUUAAUUUCAUAACGCCUGCUUUGACACCAUAAAAUGGACGAAUUGCAGACCCCUUGUCCGAUGUCUAGCAUGGUCACUUUCAUACGAAGCGAGAGAUAGAAAUAUAGCAUCAUUAUUUAGGCCACGAUGUUACACAGUUAACCUUUUCCCGUGUAUGGUGGGGAGUGCCUAAUCUGAGAGCCAAGAGCCAAAGAGCCCAAGAGCCCAAGAGCCACGAGUCACAACAUAAUAUGUCAUCGCUCUUCACCGCCUGAAAUUAAUAGAUGUGAAAUUAUGACUGGUCUCCUCUCCCACCCAUACACUUUGCAUAGGAAGUCUUGAUUUCCUGAAUCCCUUUCGGUUCUCAUCACCUACAUAACAAUGGAGGAGGAGGUGCUAGAUUCUCCAUGCAUUUGAACUACUGUCUUGUUUAGAGUAGACCGAGGAAAGUGGCAUGCCUAGCCUGCGAAAGCCUGAUUUUAAACUUGCUACUGCCCCCAUCCCCUCCAAAGAUCUAUUGCCGCCCCCCCCCCCCCCCCCCCGGCGAAAAAGUUGAAUAGGCUCACAGCAGGCUCUUGUGAAUGACUAACUCAUAACUGUCCCUUUAAGCCUAAGCCUAAAAUUACAAUGAGGUGAACGAAAUUUGCAAGGAAGUCCUUCCUGGCUCGUGGCUCUUGGGCUCUUGGGCUCUUCGGCUCGUGGCUCUCAGAUUAGGCACUCCCUGUAUGGUGUCGCUCUCUUUCAUGCGUGACAAAAAGAAGGAACAAAGAUUGGGCUACAUACGACUCACUGUGGCACUUUUCAUCCACAAAUCGUGUUUUCAGGUCUAAGUCUGUUAACUCGUGACAAGUGAGACAUGGCAAGUGACAGCGUGAAUACUGUGUAGCUCCAGCCUAACAUAUACAUCUGAAAGUAAUAUGACCUAACUGGACAUGCUAGAACACCCUUCUACAGUAAUGAAAAUUACGCAAUUUGUAAAGAGUGGCAUCAAAUUUACACCUCGGCCGUAGGAAUCGAUUUGAUUGACGUAACGUCAAUGAGAUAAAUUGGCGUAUUCUGUAAAUAGUCUUAAGAUCACAUUUGUACUAUCAUGGCCGGUUUGUUUAAUGUACAUAUCUUUAUGAUAGUUUUUGUAUAUUGUAGGGUCAAAAUGUAAGACUCAUCUGAAGUCUACAUUGGCCAAGCUUGCUAGCUUGCCUAUCAGCAGCAUCUGUGAUCAAGCAUAAUCCCUGUGAUAAAGCUGACAUAUUUUUAGCAUGUAUAUUACAGAAAGGCACCCUUUUUCUUUCUUUUAGAAAUAAGAUUGGACAUUUACCAAUCAAAAUACAUGUACUCAAGUUUACCUUUAUUACAUUUUUUGCUUUUAAAUGAUUCAUGCAGACGACGUAUUUUGUCUACUAAUUAAAGCAGUGUUAGACUUA